AUGAAAAAUCAAUAAUAUGUGCAGGUUUAGGCUCUCGGCACUGGAGUAGAUAAUCUCUCCCCCUGUUCUAUCCAGUAUCCAGCAUCCAGCAUCAACAGCAAGUGCAGCUUCAUCAAUUUUUGUGCGAAUAUGGAGUCUCUAAAAUCCUCACUCCUAUUCAGUCCUUUACUCCUACCUCCUCCUGAAUUCAAUCACACAUUUUUGAAGAAGAAUAAGAAGCCCUUUAUUAGACCUAAGAUAUUGCCCGUUCACUCCUCAAUCCACCCAGAUCCUUGGUCUCCCAAAUACGGCGACCCUACUAGUCCGAAGCCUAGGAGCAGGAAUCCUAAGAAACCUCUCUCGGACAACAAUGCUCGUCGCAUUAUCAAGGCCAAAGCUCAAUAUUUGAGUGUUUUGCGGAGGAACCAAGGUCCGCAAGCGCAAACCCCAAAGUGGAUCAAGAGGACCCCAGAACAGAUGGUUCAGUAUUUGCAGGACGAUAAGAAUGGCCAUUUGUAUGGUAAGCACGUGGUGGCCGCUAUUAGGAAGGUGCGAGCUCUGUCCCAAAAGGUGGAGGGAGAGUAUGAUAUGAGAAUGUUGAUGGGGUCGUUUGUGGGGAAGCUUAGCUUUAGGGAGAUGUGCAUUGUUCUCAAAGAACAGAAAGGGUGGAGGCAAGUUAGGGACUUCUUUGCUUGGAUGAAAUUACAGUUAUGCUACCGCCCAAGCGUUAUUAUCUACACACUAGUAUUGCGUGCAUAUGGGCAGGUUGGAAAGCUAAGACUUGCUGAAGAGACCUUCUUGGAGAUGCUAGAUGCAGGGUGUGAACCAGAUGAAGUUGCUUGUGGCACUAUGCUCUGUUCAUAUGCCAGAUGGGGGCACCAUAAGGCUAUGUUGUCAUUUUAUUCAGCAGUAAAAGAAAGGGGUAUUAUAUUAUCUGUCGCUGUCUUCAACUUUAUGUUGUCUUCUUUACAAAAGAAAUCACUACAUAGGAACGUUGUAGAGAUAUGGAGAGACAUGAAGGGAAAAGAGGUGGUGCCUAAUAAUUUCACUUUUACAGUUGUCAUCAACUCAUUCAUCAAAGAAGGAUUGCUUGGAGAUGCUUUCAAGACUUUUGAAGAAAUGAAGGAUGGUGGGUUUGUUCCCGAGGAGGUAACCUAUAGUUUGCUUAUUAGCUUAAGUGUGAAAAAUGGUAACAGGGAUGAAGCAAUUAGACUAUAUGAAGAUAUGAGAUCUCGAGGAAUAAUUCCAAGUAAUUACACCUGUGCUUCACUCCUAUCUUUGUAUUACAAAUAUGAGGACUACUCUAGAGCCCUUUCCCUAUUCUCAGAAAUGGUGAGCAAAAAUAUUCCUGCUGAUGAAGUGAUCUAUGGUUUGCUCAUAAGAAUUUAUGGAAAGCUUGGUUUAUACGAGGAUGCUCAGAGAACAUUUGAAGAGGCAAACCAGCUGAGCUUACUCACUGAUGAGAAAACGCAUUUAGCAAUGGCACAAGUUCAUAUUAUUUCAGGAAAUGUAGACAAGGCCACAGAGACUAUUGAACUCAUGAAGUCUAGAAACUUAGGGUUCUCUCAAUUUGCAUAUAUUGUAUUAUUACAGUAUUAUGUGAUGAAAGAAGAUUUAAUAUCUGCUGAAGGAGCAUUUUUAGCCCUUAAGAAGACAGGAUCACCUGAUGCUGGUUCUUGUAAUGAUAUGCUCAAUCUGUAUACAAGACUUGGCUUGAUUGAUAAGGCCAAGGAUUUUAUUGUCCAAAUAAGAGAGAGUCAGAUACAUUUUGAUGAGAAGCUUUAUCAUACAGUGAUGAAGUUUUAUUGUAAGGAGGGAAUGGUACUAGAAGCUAAACAGUUGACAAAGCAUAUGAUUGUGACUGAAUCUUUUAAAGAUAAGAAAUUCUUCCAGGUGUUUUAUUGGGUUCUUUGUGAACACAAUGGACAUGAACAAUCUGAUGAUAAACUUAUGGACAUUGAUGAACCUGACACUGUAGCUCUUGGGCUAAUGCUCAAUUUAUAUCUGACAAGUGGAAAUUAUAGCAAGAUAGAAGUGAUAUUGAAGUUAUUGCUUGAUUCUGGUGCUGGAUCAAAUACAGUCAAUCAGCUUAUUGUCAGCUUUCUCAAAGAAGGAGAAAUCAGCAAAGCAGAGACUAUCAGCCAUCUAUUAAUGAAGCUUGGGAGAUUGGCAGAUUCCACUGUAGCUUAUUUGAUUAGCUAUUAUGGCAAACAACAUAUGCUGAAACAGGCAGAAGAUGUCUUCAGAGAAUAUAUCAAUUCUCAUAGAUUGAGUAAACUAGUAUAUGAUUCUAUGAUUGAUGCAUAUGUCAAAUGUGGUAAACAAGAUGAGGCAUAUUCACUUUAUGAGCAAGUAACAGAGGAAGGGCAUGAUCUGGGUGUUGUUGGAAUUAGCAUUCUUGUGAAUGCUUUGACUAAUGGAGGAAAACAUCAGGAGGCAGAAAGUGUUGUCAGAAGAAACUUACGAGCAAACUUGGAGCUUGAUACUGUGGCUUAUAACACCUUUAUCAAAGCCAUGCUUGAAGCAGGCAAACUUAAUUUUGCUUCCAGUAUUUAUGAGCACAUGAGUUCCUUGGGUGUUGCCCCAUCAAUUCAAACGUUUAACACAAUGAUAAGUGUUUAUGGGCAAGACCAGAAGUUGGAUAGAGCUGUGGAGAUGUUCAACAAGGCUCGUGCAUUGCUUGUGACUUUGGAUGAAAAAACAUACAUGAAUUUGAUUGGCUAUUACGGGAAGGCUGGUAUGAUACAUGAUGCUUUGCUGCUGUUCAAUAAAAUGCAGGAGGAAGGGGUAACACCUGGAAAGAUCAGCUAUAAUAUUAUGAUCAAUGUUUACGCUAAUGCGGGGCUUCCUCAUGAAGCAGAGGAACUUUUCCAAGCUAUGCAAAGACAAGGCUGUUCACCUGACACUCUCACCUAUCUUUCCCUUAUUGGUGCAUACACAGAGAGUCUGAAAUACUCUGAAGCCGAGGAAACCAUUAAUGCUAUGCAGAGCAGGGGCAUCUUGCCAUCCUGUGCUCAUUUUAACAUUUUACUCUCUGCGUUCAUGAAAGCAGGGCUUAUUGACGAAGCCAACAGGGUGUAUAAGAGACUAUCCUUUGGUUUAACUCCUGAUCGAAUAUGUUUUCGAACAAUGCUGAAAGGUUACCUGGAACAUGGACGUGUGCCAGAAGGUAUUAACUUCUUUGAAAGUAUAAGCAACUCGAUAAAAGGAGACAGGUUCAUCGUGAGUGUUGCUGUACAUUUAUACAAAUCUGCUGGGAAAGAAAACAAAGCUGAAGAAAUAUUGAAUUCAAUGGACAACAUGGGGAUCCCAUUCCUGAGGAAACUUGAAGUGGGUCAAGGUCAAAAACUCCAUAAGAAAAAGAGCCAUUUAAGCAAUGCAUGUGUAAGAUAUGACUAAUGUCACACCGCGUUGUAUAUUGAGAAGAGAGAUAGAGAGAGUGGUGUUAGGUGUGGCUCAGUACCCUAUAUCUGUACAGUGAAUUUACACCUUUGGUCCUUUUUUGGAUCCCAAUCUACCCUGCUGCUUUGGUUUCCCCUAUGGUCUUGACAUUUUUAAGUUUGACAAGGGCUCUACUUCAAAAGGUGGUUAAGGUUAUAUGGUGCCAUUGAAUUAAUGGAUGAGGAUCAGGGAUCUUGGGAUCUUUUCUGGGGAUUAGAGACUUCCUCUACGCUACCAACAUUCUCCUUUCCAUUUUGUAGAGCAGAGGAGGAGAUUGAACGACGCAUUGAUGGAAGAGGAAGUGGAGAAAAUGGCAGGUUAACAUAGCUCUAUCUGAUAGGAAGUUUGGGAAGGCAAAUAUUAUAGGAAGAAAUGAACUUGAUUGCUUUUGCUUUUGCUUUCUAUUCUUUUAAUCAUUUAUGUAAAGUUUGUAAGUUUUCCUUCCUCAGGAGAAAAAGACAAGUAUUUUUUUUUAAGUUUUAUUUUUCUUUUAUUUUAUACUUUAUGCUGUAAAUGUUUGGUUAUGUUUCCUUCUUGAAAAGGAAACCAUGGUCUAUAAAUAAAGCAUAGACUGUACGUGUAAGGAACAAGUUAUUGAUGAAUGAAUUAGUUUGAAUGACAUUCUGAAA